GAUCCUUUUCUUUCUCCUCCAGGCUCCAAGCUUCAGCAGCUUCUCUGUCAGGAAAUAUGUCCAAGGAAGCUGACUUAAAGAAGAUCCAACUGAAGGUGUCUGUAAUCUGCUGCGACGGCUGCAAGAGGAAAGUUAAGAAGAUUUUGCAGGGCAUUGAAGGUGUUUUCAAGAUUGAAAUUGAUGAUUUGCAAACUAAAGUUACAGUUUUAGGAAAUGUGGAUCCACAAAUUCUGAUAAAAAGACUCCUCAAAGCUGGAAAACAAGCCAAAUUGUCGAGCCUUACAAGUCAGAAUGCUCGAAAGGAACAGAAAGAAACAGACACUAUUAGAUCUGUGCCAACAAACGACAAAGAACGCCCAGAAUCUGAGAUUGAUCAACCAAAAUCCUCAGAAUCGUCAGGAAAUGCUACUAAUAAGAAUAAAGAAACAAGUUAUUCCAAUCCUAAAGUUAUCAGAACAGAAAUUCCUCCCCCUGCCAAAGAAAACAAGUGUUCAGUUUCAAACAAUACAGUUCAGGAUUCAAGUAAUUUCAGCACUUUGAAUCAGUAUUGUUAUAAAGUAGAGCCAUAUCAUACAGUACCAAUGCCGUAUCAUGCAGUGGCAAUGCCAUAUUAUGCAAUACCCUCAUACACAGUUAGUCCUCUGCCUCCAACCUACGGUCAGGAAUACUUACAACAAGAAAGACCAGAGCCUUUUCAACCACCGUUAUUCCAGGAGCCAAUGGCACGAGUCGGGGAUUACUUUAGCGAAGAGAACACAGUUGGAUGCCAUGUAAUGUGAGAUCUGAUGAAUUAUGGGAUUAAGAUAGCAGGAAGAGACUAUUAGUCUAUUAGUCCUUAGCCAAGUUUACUUUUCUAAGGACAGAAUUAGCUCCUCUUUAUUUUUGUA